AUGGCUCACGAUCCACCCCCAACGAAGGUCACUGUCCUGAUUUCAGGCGAAGGCUCCAACCUACAAGCCCUCAUCGAUGCAUCAAGCUCUCUGAUGCCCUACCUCCGGAUUGUACGAGUAAUCUCCAACAAGGCGGGAGCCAAUGGACUCAACCGGGCCAAGGCAGCGUCCAUUCCAACUACAUACCAUAAUCUUGUGGCUGGGAAAUACCACAAGCCAGGGGAGAAGGAUCCAAACGUGAUAAAGGAAGCUCGGGAGAGGUACGACGCGGACCUAGCAAGCUUGAUUUUGAAAGACUCGCCCGACCUUGUUGCGUUGCCGGGGAAAUAUGACGGCACGAGAGCUAUAGAGAGGGCUUACGAUGAUUAUCACAAGGGGAAACUGGAACACGAUACUACGGGUAUCAUGGUGCAUUAUGUCAUCAGUGAAGUCGAUAGGGGAACGCCCAUAGUGGUCAGGCAGGUAAAAUGCAAGACGCCGGAAACACUAGACGAAUUAAAGAAUCGAAUGCACCAGGAGGAGCAUCAGCUUAUCAAGGAAGGUACUCAGAUGGCAAUCCACAAUCUUUGGGAAGAGAGGGCGAAAAGUGGAUGA